UUCUUGUUAUCCAAAAAACACCUCCACUCCACGUGUCCUUCUUCAAGCUCCUCUGAGCUUUUACUCUUUUCCUCUGUGAUUUUCUCGAGAAAGUUUGAUAGAGGAAAAAAGAAAAAACAAAAAAAAAGGAAGAUAGAGAACAUAGAGACAGUUGUGUCUCUCAUUCGAUAUUUUGCUCUCAAAUUUCCAAAUUUUAAGCUCUUUCUGUUUUUAUCCAGAAAUCUUGCGUCAAAAUUUUGAACUAGAAAUAUUGUAAUUCGCCGUGAAUAAUCCAUUUUCCUUCGCUUUUCCGAGCUCCCAAACUCUCAUGCCCACCAAAUUACGAAAAUGACCGUCCUACCCUCUCUCAUCAUCCCCUGCCCAUCACCUCUAACCGCCACACUCACCAAACAGAAUCCUAACCCUCUUCUCGUAUUCUUCCUCAACAGAACACCCGAGAAGUCCGCACACCGGAGAUUCCUUUCCGACAACCGGAAGUUCAUCUCCAGUGACCGGAGGAGUUUCGCAGCGAGAGCGAAGCCGAAGGAGCUCAUCUUUGGAAACCCAUCCGUGACGGUCGAGAAAGGGAAAUACAGCUAUGACGUCGAAACCCUAAUCAACAAGCUCAGCAGCCUCCCUCCCCGAGGUAGCAUAGCUCGGUGCCUUGACAUCUUCAAGAACAAGCUCUCCUUAAACGACUUCGCUUUGGUUUUUAAGGAGUUCGCUCAGCGCGGCGACUGGCAGCGAUCGCUUCGGCUAUUCAAGUAUAUGCAGCGCCAGAUAUGGUGCAAACCAAAUGAGCACAUAUACACUAUAAUGAUCAGCUUGCUUGGACGCGAAGGCUUGCUUGACAAGUGCGCCGAACUGUUCGACGAAAUGCCAAACCAAGGAGUAGUCCGCAGUGUCUUCUCCUACACGGCUCUGAUCAAUGCCUAUGGACGCAACGGUCAUUACGAAACCUCGCUUCAACUUCUUGAUAGAAUGAAAAAGGACAAGGUCUCUCCGAGUAUAUUAACGUAUAAUACAGUGAUUAAUGCUUGUGCUAGAGGGGGUUUGGAUUGGGAAGGUUUAUUAGGAUUGUUUGCAGAAAUGAGACACGAAGGGGUACAACCUGAUCUUGUUACUUACAAUACUUUGCUUAGUGCUUGUGCUAGUAGAGGUUUAGGUGAUGAGGCAGAGAUGGUGUUCAAGACUAUGGUUGAGGGUGGAAUAGUACCUGAUAUAACUACGUAUAGUUAUCUCGUUGAAACUUUUGGGAAAUUGGGUAAGCUUGGAAAAGUCUCGGAGCUGCUUAAGGAAAUGGAAGCUGGAGGGAAUUUGCCUGAUAUAACCUCGUAUAAUGUGUUGCUAGAGGCUUAUGCGCAAUCGGGGUCGAUUAGAGAGGCAGUGGAUGUGUUUAGGCAGAUGCAAGCUGCAGGGUGUUUGCCGAAUGCUACCACUUACAGUAUUUUGUUGAACUUGUAUGGGACGCAUGGGAGGUAUGAUGAUGUUCGUGAGCUUUUUCUUGAGAUGAAAGUUAGCAAUACAGAGCCGGAUGCAGCUACUUAUAAUAUUCUUAUUGAGGUGUUUGGUCAAGGUGGGUACUUUAAGGAGGUGGUGACAUUGUUUCAUGAUAUGGUGGAGGAAAAUGUAGAGCCAAAUAUGGGGACUUACGAGGGGCUGAUAGUUGCUUGUGGAAAGGGGGGCCUCCAUGAGGAUGCAAAAAACAUUUUACGACACAUGAAUGAGAAAGGAAUAGUGCCAAGCUCCAAGGCUUAUACAGGAGUCAUCGAAGCAUAUGGGCAAGCUGCAUUAUAUGAGGAAGCUCUUGUUGCCUUCAACACGAUGAAUGAAGUAGGGGCCAAGCCAUCUGUUGAAACCUACAAUUCACUGAUACAUGCAUUUGCACGAGGUGGACUUUUCAAGGAGACAGAAGCAAUCCUGUACAGAAUGGGUGAGUCUGGUGUUGCAAGGAAUAUUGAUUCAUUCAAUGGUAUAAUUGAAGCAUUCAGGCAAGGAGGUCGGUUUGAAGAAGCUGUGAAGGCAUAUGUUGAGAUUGGAAAAACAAGAUGUGAUCCUGAUGAGCGGACCCUUGAGGCAGUUUUAAGUGUUUACUGCUUUGCAGGUCUUGUUGACGAGUGUGAGGAGCAUUUCAAAGAGCUAAAAGCUUCGGGAAUAUUACCCAGUAUCAUGUGCUACUGCAUGAUGCUUGCUGUUUAUGCAAGGAGUGAUAGGUGGGAUGAUGCCCAUGAGUUGCUGAAUGAGAUGCUCAAUACUAGAGCGUCAAAUAUUCAUCAAGUGAUGGGGAAAAUGAUUAAGGGAGACUAUGACGAUGAAGCCAAUUGGCAAAUGGUAGAGUAUGUAUUUGACAAACUAAACUCUGAAGGAUGUGGUCUGGGAAUGAGAUUCUACAAUACACUUCUGGAUGCACUUUGGGGGUUGGGUCAGAAAGAACGGGCUGCAAGAGUGCUCAAUGAAGCUACAAAACGGGGGCUUUUUCCUGAACUUUUACGUACAAAUAAACUUGUGUGGUCUAUUGAUGUGCACAGGAUGUGGGAAGGUGGUGCAUAUACGGCACUUUCAGUUUGGUUAAACAAUAUGUUGAAGAUGUUCAUGAAUGGGGAAGAUCUUCCUCAUCUUGCAACUGUUGUUGUAGUACGGGGGAAGAUGGAGAAAAGCCCAAUCACACAAGACAUGCCUAUUGCAAAGGCUGCCUUUUCAUUUCUCCAGGACAAUGUUUCAUCAUCCUUUUCUUUCCCAGAGUGGAACAAGGGCCGAAUUGUCUGCCCUCAGUCUCAACUCAAACAGAUACUAUCAAGCAUGGAAUCUUCUGAUGGAUCCAAAAAGGAUAGAAUAAUUAUUUUGAGUAACUCCCCCUUCCCACUUCCUGGAACAACAUCCACCAGUGAUCUUAUGAGCAGCCAGCAUAAUAAUGUUGAUUCAGAUGCAGUUAUUGGAAGAAGAGCAGAGCUUCUGACAAGUACAGUUUAAACACAUAGUAGAUAGCAACAGAGGGCUUCAAAAGUUCGUUUUCGCUCAUUUCAGUUCAUGAGUGGCAAUUCCUUAAGGUUAAUUCCCUGAUGUAUUUCCUAAAAUUUUUACACUUUGGUGAAGAAUGAAGUUGAGGUUUUCACCAAAUUAGCUUCAAGCUUGCUUAGAUGUCAGAAUGGACUGAGAAGCAACGUUUUAUAUUCCGAUGACACCUGAUGAAAGGUCGGUUGAAAUAGUUCUUGCCAGAUAAAUAACAGGUAAAUUCUGGCCCCUUAAUUAGCAGUUAUAAGUCCAAUGAAAUGGACGGUAAUUUUGUAGAUGUAGAUCAUUCUUUUUGUAUGUUAAUAUACAUUAUAUUAUCACAUUUUGAUCUUUUCAGAAAA